AUGUUUCAUGCGACGUCCUCUUUAGAUGUUUCUGGAGGCACAAGGCCAACAUCUCAAACCGCCUCAUCGGUCUCUGAUGCAAACCUGAUGUUUGAGUUUUUGCUGGGAGGGGUGACCAUAGACCAGGACAACGUCUUCCUGCUGGAUGAGGAGAUGGCAUCGAUGAGGAAAGGGCAGCAAUUCUUGGCUCAGGUCAACGAUGGCAUUCCAAAAAGCUUGAGCUCCAUGGAGCUCAUGGUGCGCACGCUGCAAGCUCGUCAGCAGAAACCACUGACCCUGGGUCAGUUUGAGAAGCUGAUCCUGAGCGUGGUGUACACGGCCCACCAGGCUCAGGUGAGUGAAGAGGAGCGACAGGCGUGGGGCGGAGUGCUGCUCCAGCUGGCAAACAUCACCGUCUACGAACUACGUGGAAGCUUCCUCUUCAGUUACUCCUGA